CCCCGCACAAACCUCAACCCAGGCCGUGCCGGCACACCCCCUGAGCUGGGCUGGCACGGUCGCGGCCGCAUCCCCCAGCCGUGUCCCAGUCGCGCACCCACCCUCCGGAGCCCGGGCGGCCUCCCCGCGUGGGCGCGCACGUGCGGGGCUGUCCGCUGGGCUGACCGCCGGCGCGGCCGCCGCGCACGCGUCCCGGGCGCCGCCACUGCGCAGCCUCCCGUGCGCCCCGCGCCCGGCCCCGCGCCGGCUCCGGCUCCCCCGACCCGACCAUGGCGCCCAGCAGCGCCCUCCUGGCGCAGUGCGUGUUUUCCGUGCUGGCGUUCCUGUUCAGCUUCGCCGUGGUGGUGCCACUGUCCGCGAACGGGCGCGACUUCGGCGGCCACUGCCCACUCUUCACCGAGGGCAUGUGGCUCAGCGCCAACCUCACGGUGCACGAGCGUGAGCGCUUCACCGUGCAGGAGUGGGGCCCGCCGGCCGCCUGCCGCUUCGGCCUGCUCGCUGGCUUCCUGUCGCUGCUACUGGCCGGGGCGCAUGCCUGGCGCGCCCUCUUCUUCCUUUGCAGGGGACACGAGGGCUCCCUGCUCCAGGCCUCCCUGAGCCUCUUGGUCAGCACGUUCGUGGUCUUCCUGGUCUUCAUUGCCGGCACCAUUGUCAGCGUUGGCUUCUCCAUGUGGUGUGACGCCAUCACUGAGAAAGGCACCCAGCCCCACAGCUGCGAGGCCCUGCAGGAUCUGGAUCUUGAGCUAAAUGUGGACAACUCGGCCUUCUAUGACCAGCUGGCCGUCGCCCAGUUCGGGCUCUGGGCCUCGUGGCUGGCCUGGCUGGCCGUGGCCGUGCUGUCCUUUCUGAAGGUCUACCACAGUUACCGCCAGGAGGACCUGCUGGGCAGUCUGGGCCAUGAGAAGGAGCUGCUGCUGGCCAGGCCGGCCGCUCGCACCGCCUUCCAGGGGGACAGAAGUGCUGUCAUCUAGGCCUCCAGUGUGGGCAGCCCCUGGGGUUCCCGCUGCACCCCUACAUACCAACCAAGGGCUGCUUGGUGUGUACCCCCAUCCCCCAUGGGAAACUA